AUGAAUCGCACGCUAGUCUUCAGGAACUUCUCGUUUUUACCUAAAGGUCGGCAACUCUCUGUCACAUCGGCAGUGAAUAAGCAAGACUUGAAAAAACAACACUGGAAGAAAGAUGUAGUUUAUUUGUAUCAGUUUCCUCGACCAGCUGUUUUGCCAAACUUUUCUCCAUUCUGUCUGAAGGUCGAAACCUUUCUUCGUGUACACAACUUGAAACAUGAGGUAAUCGGAAAUUACUUCCAACGGUCACAGAACGGUUUGCUUCCAUUCGUCGAGCUCAAUGGCAAGCAAGUUGCAGACUCUCAGAUUAUUCUUUGGUAUCUUCAAAAGCAUUUCGAGAUUUCGCAUGGCGUUAAUACCGCUGAAGAGUUAGCAGUUGUAAGAACAGUCGAUCGAAUGGUUUCAGCUCAUACCAAUGUUUUACUUCAACACGAUGCUGUUGUGCAGAACGCGAAAACAAUGUUGUCGAGACCCGUAAGUGGUUUGAUGCUUCCAGCCUUUGUUACGAACUAUUUGGCUAAAGGGUUUUCAGCUAAGGCUAAGCGACGCGUCAAUGGAGUGUUAGGAAACUUAUCUCGCGAUGACCGUAGGGAGUCUCUCAAACAAGAUAUAGCUGCCUUGGAUGCUAUUCUAGGUGACAAGAAGUUCCUGUUCGGUGACCGAAUGACUAUUGCUGAUUGUUCCACCUUUGCACAUGUCGGUAUCGCCUCAUCUCUUCCUUAUAGACAGCAUAUCACCGAUCUUUUGGAAGAUGAUUUCCCACGCCUACGCAACUACAUCCAACGGAUUCGAACACACUAUUUCCAAGAUUGGAAAGAUUUAUAA